AUGUGUAGUGGAUGCAAGUUUUCGGCAGAAGAAGAGAGAUUGGUGAUAGAAAUGCAGACACAGUUUGGGAACAAAUGGGCCAAAAUUGCAACGUAUUUGCCGGGAAGAACGGACAAUGAUGUGAAAAACUUUUGGAGCAGUCGGAGAAAAAGGUUGGAGAGGAUGUUGCAGAAGCCACCAACGUUAAAGUUGCAGAAAAGCAAGGGAAAAACUCCUCUUACUCAAGUGCUAGCGGAUAAGGCUCCUCCAUGCAGUUCAAACCAGGUGGAGGAAAACCUUUGUUACACUACUUCCUACAUGGGAAACACCGAGGUGUUCGAGAUGAUCAACCUUCAAGAUUUGGUAAAGCCAAACUAUCAGAUGGAAAAUGAUUACUUGAGUGCAGUUGAGGUUGAGGCCAACCCACUUCACACAGUACCAUCGUUUGAGUCUUCAUCAGGGAACAACUUCCCUGUGCUCCCUGAGCCACUAAUCGACUUUCCACUCUUCCCAGAAUGCCAGGACCUUGUUCCAGAGACCUUUGAUCCAAAUUUUAUUGAUGGGUUCGACGAGAAGAAAUAUUCAGAAUUUGUAUUCAGCCAGAAGCUUGGGACCGGGUUGCCAACUCUUGGAUUGGAGGAAAAUUACCAAAUUACAACUUCAAACGUCUUAUUCAAGGACUUCCCAAGUGAGAUUUUUGAAUACUUUGAGCAGAUUCCAACCUCAACAAAGCAAUGA